AUGCAUUCUAAUACUGCUUUGGAAAAACUCGAUGAUGGUUUUAGUUCUCCAACUAGAACGGCUAGAAGGUCCUCUCCAGUUCGAACUGCUGAAGCCCUUGAGACUUCCAAUAUGUUUGAAACUGGUAUUGAAGCUAGUGAAGAUGAAGACGAAAGCAUUGAAGCUGAUGCAUUGCCUUUUAAGGAAAAGCCACCAGAUGUUGCACGCAUCGUAGAGAUUGAGGCUGAAAAAUUGGAAUGGAGUGCCGCUAAAGAUGAGGAAGAUAAGCUUAGAAGGGAGUUAGAUGGGAAGAAGAAGUUGGAUAAUUUGGCUAAGAAGGGCGUUUUUAAAACAGCGCCAAAAAAGAAAAGCAAACCUGGUGCCAAGUCGGUUGAGGCUGUGGGCCAAGUUGUUAGAAGAGGUCGAAGUCAAACUCGCAAAGAAGAUGAUAAGGAACCGCAUGUUUUCUGCAGUGUGUGUUUUGUUAGGUCUCUUAAUUUGGUUGAUUUUUCUGAAGAUGUUAUUACAAAUGAUAUUAAUGGAGAUAAAGAUAAUAUUUGGAUUUUAUGUAGGAAUACUCUUUUAAGGCCUGAUAUUUUAUCUACUUCAAGGAAAGCAAUUACUAUGAAUUUUGCGGGGAUUUCAUUACGGCUGUUCACGCUUCCUAUAAUCCGAGGUGGAAAUCACCGAAUUGUCUCUAAACAUGAUAGAGCGGUUGUAAAUGAUGCUUGGUGCUAUAAAUAUGCGAACUGGAGAUGCAAGGCCUUUCCUAGGGUUUGUUCAGACCAUUCCCCCCUUUUUGGAUUUGCGUUUGAAAAUCCAAGGACUGCUAGAGUUCCUUUUCGAAUUCAGAAGACGUGGCUUUUCCAUCCAGGCUUUAUGAAGUUGGUGGAAGACAGCUGGAGUGUGUAUCUUAAUGGCGCUCCCCCUUUUGUUUUUACUUCUAAGCUGAAGAGACUAAAGGGGGUAUUGAAGAUUUGGAACAAAACUAUUUUUGGAGAUGUGCAAUUUCGCCUGAAACAGGCGAAAUUAAAGAUUGAGACUGAGAAUGAUCUUCUUGAUUAUGAUCCGGCUGAUGAGUUGCAGUUCUUAAGGGUUGCGGAUGCCAAAAAAGAGGUUGACAAUGUGAGAACGGAGUUGGCCAUUAUGCUUAAGAUGAAGUCAAGAGUAACUUGGUUGGAGGAUGGUGACCAAAAUACUCAUUUCUUUCAUAACAACAUCCACAUGAGGAGAAGUCAGAAUACCAUAUCAGAGCUUAAGAUUGUUAACGAUACUACUUUGUUUUUGCAGGAUGAGAUAAAGGAUUACAUUGUUAACCAUUAUCAGGCCAAGUUCAAUGGUGGUGACGUUCAUAUUGAUCCAGUUUUAUUUGAUAUUGAGCAUGAAAGCAUCUCAGCUACUGAAAGUGCUUAUAUGGAUGCUAUUCCAUCUUUAGAGGAAGUUAAAAUGGCGGUUUUUGAUUUGGAAGCUGAUUCUGCGCCUGGCCCGGAUGGCUUCACUGGUUCUUUCUAUCGACAGUGCUGGGAUAUUGUUUCUAGAGAUAUUUUUAAUGCAAUUGCAAACUGUUGGUCCAUGCGUAAAAUUCCCAAUGACAUUAACUCUAGUUUUAUUGUUCUUAUUCCAAAAAAUAGCAGGUCUGAUGCUAUUAAAGACUAUAGGCCAAUUGGCUUGAGCAAUUUUUUCUUCAAGAUCAUUACUAAUAUUAUGGCUACCAGGCUUGGUACUGUUUUAAAUAAGUUGAUCUCUGAAGAGAAAUUUGCGUUUAUGAAGGGUAGAAACAUUCAUGAGAAUAUAGCUUUGGCGUCUGAAUUGAUCAAUGGGAUCGAUACGGAAAGGAAGCAUGGAAACGUUGGCCUCAAACUGGAUAUUUCCCAAGCUUUUGAUAUGGUAAGUUGGGAUUUCAUAGAUGAAGUUUUUCGUCAAUAUGGCUUUUCUGAUUCCUGGUGCAAGUGGGUUCUUAAUAUCCUUAGCUCAGCUCGGAUUUCUGUCAUGCUUAAUGGUUGCCCUGAAGGUUAUUUCAGUAUUACUAGAGGUCUACGUCAAGGUGAUCAUCUCUCACCUUUUAUCUUUGUUCUUAUUGAAGAUGUUUUAAGUCGCAAUCUUUCCAAGUUGUUUGCAAAUAAUAGUAUGCAUGUUAUGGUUAGCAAGAAGGGUGUGGCGCCUACUCACUUACUUUUCGCGGAUGAUAUUCUUAUUUUCUGCAAAGGUAAUCUUCAUAGUUUGCAAAAUUUGAAGAAUAUGCUUGAUUUGUAUGAGCGUGCGUCUGGUCAGUGCGUAAAUUAUGCAAAGAGCAAGUUUUAUUUUGGAGGUGAUCGAAUUUCUCGUGCUAUUGCUAUUUUUAACUAUUUGGGUAUGGAAAGAGCUAUGUUUCCGGACAAGUACUUAGGUAUUCAAUUGAAACCUGGAAUUGUUCGGCAUAUUCACGUUCGUCAAUUAGUUGAGAAAAUUAUGGACAAGUUGGCUGGCUGGAAAGGUAAGCUUUUAUCAUUCCAAGCGCGGCUAGUGCUAAUUAAAUCGGUGAUUUCUAGUUAUGUUAUUCAUUUUAUGGCUGUUUAUAAGUGGCCAUGCACAGUUAUUAAGCAAGUUGAGAGGGCCAUUAAAAAAUUUCUUUGGUCGGGGGAUGCUGAGAAAUGUAAAUAUUUUACGGUUCUAUAUGAUGAUCUAUGCCUCCCAAAGCGUGAAGGUGGUCUUGGCAUUAAGAAGUUAAAUGAUGUUAAUAGGGCUAUGCUCAUGAAGCUUUGGAUUUCUAUUCGGGAUUCAAACAAGAUUUGGGCCAGAUUUUUGAGGGCCAAAUACUUUAAGCUCAAUGGUAAUCUGAUAAAUUACAAGCUGGGUUCUUCGGUUUUUCCUGGCAUUCGCUUAGUCUACAACUUUGUGCAGAAGCAUACUCGCUCAAUUAUAGGUAAUGGUGCUAAUACUUCCUUAUUCUUUGAUAAUUGGUUUGGUGAUUUUUCUAUUGCGCAAAGACUUGGCAUCACUUCCAAAUGCCCUAAUGAUUUUAAGGCUAAAGUUAGUGAUAUCAUUUUUGAUGGUGCUUGGGUUAUUCCUGAUAAAACAAGAGAUUUGAUGAUUCGUUGUAAUAUUGAUGUGGAAAACUUGCCGGUUAUUGCUGGUGGUGAGGAUUAUAAAAUUUGGGAUUUAGAUAGCAAAGGCGUUUUCUCAGUUAAGUCGGCUAAGGCCGCUCUUAAGUUGUCGGCAGAAGUUGUGCCUUGUGCAAAUCUGUUUUCUAGACAGGUUGUGCACCCUACCUUGAGUGUGCAAUAUUGGAAGAUUUGGGCCAAGCAAUGUUGUGCUAGUGAAGACAAUAUUAUUAAGAAGGCUGGUAGGAGCAUGCCUACUAUGUGUCGCUUAUGCAGGAAGAGUUGCUAA